AUGGCGCAAUACGGCUACGGGCAGAACGCUCAAUACGGCGCAGGAAAUGCGCAAAACCUCCAAUUCUACCCGUCUUCAUUCUCCAACCAGCCAGUAUCUGGACAUUCCACACCAUUUCAGGCAAACUACGGUGCGCCGGCGAGUCAAGCAUACCCCGCACAGUAUGGCGCGGGGUUCGCUGCACCGGGUGUGAGUGGGCAGAUGGGUAUGGGUAGUUCAGGGCUACGGACAGGAUGGCUGGCAGCUUUUGGUACUGAAGGAUAUGACGGAGAACCGCCGCUGCUGGAGGAGUUGGGAGUGAAUUUCAGACAUAUACAGAUGAAGACAUUGGCCGUUCUGAACCCAUUUGGCCGGAUCGACCAGCACAUCAUGGACGACAGCGAUAUAACGGGCCCAAUACUUUUCUUCCUGAUUUUCGGCACAUCCCUACUGUUGUCUGGGAAGCUUCAUUUCGGUUACAUUUACGGUCUGGCGUUCGUUGGCACAAUUUUACUUCACCAGAUCCUCUCCCUCAUGUCUCCACCUGUCAACGCGGUCGAGGCAACUCCUGGAGACCACAGCCACCCGCAUGGCUCACACCUCGGCUCCUCAUUGACAUUUCCACGAUCAGCCUCGGUGCUCGGAUACUGCCUGCUCCCUCUCGUACUGGUAUCGAUGUUUGGAAUCAUUGUACCACUUGACGGGCUGUUUGGAUAUCUUCUGACAAGUUUGGCUAUCACAUGGUGUUCUUACAGCUCCAGUUCCAUGUUUACCGUUGUUGGGCGCAUGACUUCGAUGCGAGGCUUAGUAGCGUAUCCCAUGGUUCUUUUCUAUGGUAGUUUUGGUAUCAUGGCCAUCUUCAGCUCUCGAGGCACUGGCCAGUUGGCAGCAAAGGCGGCAGGAUCAUAA